CGAAUCCGAGCCGGGCCGAGCCGGGCCGAGCCGGGCCAGGCCGGGCCCUGGAGCGGGUGGACUAUGCGGGCUGCGAAGCUUGGGUGCACGGGCCUCUGAACCCCGCGCCCCCGGGCUAGCCAGGAAGCCGUGCUGCGGCCGUGCGACCGAGGCUGCCGGCCCGCCAUGGCUGGGGUCAGCUACGCGGCGCCCUGGUGGGUGAACCUGCUGCACCGGCUGCCCCACUUCGACCUGCACUGGGAGACCACCAGCAGCCAGUUCCGACCCGAGGACACCGACUACCAGCAGGCACUGCUGCUGCUGGGGGCCACCGCGCUGGCCUGCCUCGCCCUGGACCUCCUCUUCCUGCUCUUCUAUUCCUUCUGGCUGUGCUGCCGGCGGCGCAAGAGCGAGGAGCACCUGGACGCCGACUGCUGCUGCACCGCCUGGUGCGUCAUCAUUGCCACGUUGGUCUGCAGCGCCGGCAUCGCGGUGGGCUUCUACGGCAACGGGGAGACCAGUGACGGCAUCCAUCGGGCUACCUACUCGCUCCGCCACGCCAACCGCACAGUAGCCGGGGUCCAGGACCGCGUGUGGGACACAGCGGCUGCUCUGAACCGCACAGCGGAACCCAGUCUGCAGAGCCUGGAGCGGCAGCUGGCUGCGCGCCCCGAGCCCCUGCGGGCGGUCCAGCGGCUGCAGGGCCUGUUGGAGAAGCUGCUGGGCUACACAGCUACCAUUCCGUUUUGGAGGAACUCGGCUGUGUCUCUGGAGGUGCUGGCUGAGCAGGUGGAUCUCUAUGACUGGUACAGGUGGCUGGGCUACUUGGGCCUGCUACUUCUUGACGUAGCCAUCUGCCUGCUGGUACUGGUUGGCCUCAUUCGCAGCUCCAAGGGCAUCCUGGUCGGGGUCUGCUUGCUGGGGGUCCUGGCCCUGGUCAUCAGCUGGGGAGCCCUGGGCUUGGAGCUGGCUGCAUCUGUGGGCUCCAGCGACUUCUGCGUGGAUCCUGACACCUAUGUGACCAGGAUGGUAGAGGAGUACUCGGUGCUGAGUGGGGACAUCCUGCAGUACUACCUGGCCUGCUCGCCCCGUGCCUCCAACCCUUUCCAACAGAAACUGUCGGGCAGCCACAAGGCGCUGGUGGAGAUGCAGGACGUGGUGGCCGAGCUCCUGAAGACUGUCCCGAAGGAAUACCCAGCCACCAAGGACCCCCUCCUCCAUGUUCAGGAGGUGCUGAACGGCACAGAGGUGAACCUACAGCACCUCACUGCCCUGGUGGACUGCCGCAGCCUGCAUCUGGAUUACGUGCAGGCCCUGACAGGCUUCUGCUAUGAUGGUGUCGAGGGCCUCAUCUACCUGGCCCUCUUCUCCUUUGUCACAGCACUCAUGUUCAGCUCCAUCGUCUGCAGCGUCCCACACACCUGGCAGCAGAAGAGAGGCCCGGAUGAAGAUGGGGAGGAGGAAGCUGCCCCAGGGCCUCGGCAGGCACACGACAGCCUCUACCGUGUCCACAUGCCCAGCUUGUACAGCUGUGGCAGCAGUUAUGGCAGCGAGAACAGCAUCCCAGCCGCCGCCCACACUGUCAGCAACGCCCCGGUCACUGAGUACAUGAGCCAGAAUGCCAACUUCCAGAAUCCCCGCUGUGAGAACACCCCCCUCAUCGGGCGUGAGUCCCCGCCGCCUUCACGCUAUCUGGCUGCCCUGGACUCUGGCAGCCAUGCGGGCUGGCAGUUUAAGCCCAUGGACAGUGCCCGAACGCUGUGGUGGCCGUGCCCUCAGAGUGACAGGGCAGGCGGGCCUGAGGGCCGAGCAGCUCUCCCUUCUCAGUUCCAUUUCCACCAGGACAGGUGCCGUGUCCUAGGACCCAGCUGUGGGACGGGACUGAGCUGGCUGUGACUGAGCCUUCGGCCCCUGCUGCCCCUCUUGGGACUAACCACUAACCUCGCCCCAGCCUCCGCUGACACCCUAUCAGCGAAUGUGACCCCGAGAUGAGGCCUGGGACAGCCGGCUGGGAGUCGGACUGAAGUAGCCAUUUCUUCUCGGGGUGCUGCUGGGGUGGGGCUGUGACCAUCAGGCAGCCUGAGGGUCCUAGAGGCCUCUCCGUGGGCCGGUGCUGCCCCAGGAGGGCCCUGUCCUCAGGAACGAAGGUCCCUGGGGCUGGCGGAGGUCCCUACAACCUCCGUCCCUCCCUGUGAAGUGGGAACGAGGCUUCCCUAAGGUGCUUUUGGCUUUAGUGUACAAUGUUUGCUGAGUUUACUGCCGUGAGGUUGGAGCCGCCCCCACACCAGGACGGGAAGGUUCUUCAGCCCCAGCCCUGGCCUGGCCAGCUUGAGGUGAAGAAGCCAGGCCAGGAGUAGCAGCCAGCUGGGGUCCCAACACACGUGGGCAGUGGCCCUGCAGUUUACAGACCUGUGGGCUCUUCCAGAGCAGUGGGCAGUGCCCUUCCCUGGGCAGCCCGGGAAGAGGCCAUCUUCCUUUCUUCAUGCUGGUGUCUGGGACCAAUAAGAUGAGGGGAAGGCGAGCGCCAGGCCAUAUCUUCCCCAACCUGGGGGGCAGCCUCUACCCUGGAGGGAGUGGGGGGGGGCAAACUCAGGGGUGUCCCAGGUGGCCUGGGGCCCCAGCCUUGAAUCUGAGCCCCCGGGCAUGACCAGACCUCACCUGAGGGUACUCUGGCCCGGGCCCCCGGCAGCCACGCCAACCUGCCUGGUCUUGCCUCUGGGUUCUGCCCAGACGCUGGGUCAGGAGGGAGGCGCCAGGGUGUCUGCCAUGCCUGCUGCCACUGCUCAGAAGCACAAACUGGGCUGCCCGCAGUGGCUGCGGCAAGGCCGCCAGCAAUGUGAAUGUACAUAGCAUGAGAGGCGGCACCACCCGGGAGGGGUGGCCUUAUUUCGCCUCGGGAGUCCCACCGUCAUGUGCUUGUGUGCCCGCCCCGUCUGUGACUUCACCCAAGUUCUACUCACAGAGGCUGAAUAAAAGAAAAGGGGUUCAAACCCAAGCCUCCAUCCAUGGAGGGGAAGAAGGUCCUGCUAUUGGUUUUCUUUUUGGUCUGAGUUUUUGGGGCCUCCUUCCUGACCACCUCCUCCCAGUGACCUCCACAUUCACUCCCACCCCUGCACUAGUGAGCCUUGCUCCCCUCAGGUCCUGUGGCAUCUUGUCGGGAUUGGAGGCCUUGGGCUGGGAGAGAGGGGCCUCGGUGUGAGCGGGAGGUGUGUCUAGCAGGGGUCCCUGGCUCAGGGGUCCACUCCCCCCGGGGGUCCUCCUGGCCUGGUGUGGCACGGUUUGGGUGGGGGAGGGCGUGUGGUUGGAAGCCCCUGACGUGUCCUGCCACAUCCAUCCACCCCAUCUCACUAUGCAAUUCUAGUCCAAGCACCACUCCCUCCCUCCAGCACCCCCAGCCCAGGCCCAGGAGGGGGGGUGGUUGGCAGCCUCCAGGCCCCGCUGGGGUGUGGACAGGAACCAGGGCCUUGCGUGUGGGGUUUUGUUCUGUUUAACCAUGGUUGUGUGCCGUACCACUUUAUAUUUGUUAUAUAUAAUAAAUCUAUAUGAUUUUUGUUAAGCCUCUGAACUUCUCCAGCUCCCCUCCUGGCCCUUUCGCCCACCCCCGAAGUGUGAGUUAAUGUCGCCAGUGGGGAGCUGAGACCUGGGCUAGGUGUCGUUUUUUCCUCCAACCUCCUUGGGGCCAUGGCUGUAUGUGCUGUCGCUGUGUUUUCAGUUUUUUUUAGACUGGGUUUGGGGUUUGAUUUUUAUUUCUUUGGGGGCUUUAUUUUUCUUGGCAAACUAAAAAUCUUGUCCAUGUAAUUUCUGUGGUUUCUAUUCAGCUUGGGUUUCAUGUUUUAAAAUAAACACAUUUUAA